CAUCGUCUGCUUGCACGACCGAACGAACCUCUUCGACCUGUCGACAAAUCCCGCGCCCUCCGUCUUGACCGCGCUACACCGUCAAGAUGAAGCUCAACAUUUCCUACCCGGCCAAUGGGUCGCAGAAGAUCAUCGAGGUCGACGAUGAGCGCAAGCUUCGUCCUUUCAUGGAGAAGCGCAUGGGCACCGAAAUUGCCGGCGACUCUCUCGGUGACGAAUUCAAGGGUUACCUCUUCAAGAUCACUGGUGGUAACGAUAAGCAAGGUUUCCCCAUGAAGCAGGGUGUUCUCCUCCCUACCCGUACCCGCCUCCUCCUCGCCGAUGGCCACAGCUGCUACCGCGCCCGCCGCACUGGAGAGCGCAAGCGCAAGUCCGUCCGUGGUGCCAUCACCGGUUUUGACCUUGCCGUUCUGGCCCUCAGCAUCGUCAAGCAGGGUGAGACCGAGCUCCCCGGUCUGACUGACACCGUUGUCCCCAAGCGUCUCGGCCCCAAGCGUGCCUCCAAGAUCCGCAGCUUCUUCGGCCUCGACAAGAAGGAUGAUGUCCGCAAGUUUGUCAUUCGCCGCACCGUCACCCGUGAGGGCAAGCAGGACUACACCAAGGCCCCCAAGAUCCAGCGCCUUGUUACCCCCCAGCGUGUCCAGCGCAAGCGUCACAGGAUUGCUCUUAAGCGCCGCCGUGCUGAGGCUGCUCGCGAGGCUGCUAACGACUACGCCAAGCUCCUGGCUACCCGUGUUCAUGAGGAGAAGGCCAAGAAGGAUGAGCUCCGCAAGCGGAGGGCUUCUUCCAUGAGGAAGUAAAUGGGUUUUGGUUUUAUUUUCUUUCUCCAGGGGUUAAUGGUCGGGUUACGUCUCUCUCUUAUUGGCUAGGGAAAUGAAGAGCGAAAAAUAAACAGGGAGAGCGAAGGUGGUUGAGAAGAAGAAAAAAAAAAAUUUCUUAGCGACGCGGGCAAUAAGACUUAUUUUUUUUUUCUCUCUCUCUCUCUCUUUUUUUUUUUUUUUACCUUUCUUUCCUUUCUUUAUUUUU